UCGACUUGUCUUGUGAACGCAACGCACAUCUCUUAAAUGGAAAGAAAGUGAGACAGUGAUUUCAUAAAAAUCGUAUUUCUUUUAUAGAAAAUGUUGAAAAACUGUGUGUGGUUAUAAAAAUAUAUAAAUAAAAAUGUGUCGAAAUAUUUUGUGGUGUUAUAUAUUGGUAUUGACUUUGCUGGAUAUAUCGCUAAAUACGAAAUCGACAGCCCAGGGAGAGAGCCAUGGUGUUUCCAUACAUGAUUCCCUAGUUGAAGGAAUCACAUUUCAGGAAUGGGGGAAAGAAAGCGGCGUGGAAGGCGCCGGCCUGGAGGGCGAGGGCGACGUGGUGGAGGGCGUGUCGCUGGAGCCGCGCGCGCUGCAGUUCGGGCGCGCCGCGCUGGCCGCGCCGCACUCGCGCACCGUGCUGCUCACCAACACGGCCAACACCACGCUGCACCUCGCCUCCGUCGCCGGUACCACGCCCGACUUCCACGCCUCGUUCUUCGAGUCCAAGACGCUGCCCCCGCAAGGUAACACGACGUUCAACGUGGUGUAUCUCGGGCGACGGGAGGGGCCCGUGUCGGCCCACCUCUACAUACACACCUCCCUAGGAGUACAUAAGUAUCCAGUGUCGGCCGUGGGCGAGGCCAGCGCGUACGGGCUGUGGCCGCUGGUGGGCGUGCGCGUGCCGCUCAACGCCAGCGUGGAGCCCGAGCUGCGCCUGCACAACCCCACGGACGCCACGGUGCAGGUGCGCGAGGUGUACUGCACGGGCGCGUGGCUGCGCCUGCGCCUGCCGGGCGGCGGGCGGCGCGCGCCCCGCGACGCGUGGGCCGUGCCGCCGCGCUCCGAGCGCGCGCUCGUGGCGCUCAGCCUGGCGCCGCACGCGCUGGCCGCGCAGCCGCGCCCGCUCACCGCCUACGUCAGGAUCAAGGCGGACAUCCCCGGCGGCGGACUGGUGGUGGCCGUGGAGGCGCGCGGGGUGGCGGCCGGCGAGCACGCGCGUCCGCUGCACGUGCGGCUGCGGGCCCGCGGCACCGCCGACCCGCUGCACACGGUGGAGCUGCAGGUGGCAAACAGCGCGGACGCCGAGGUGUCGCUGGAGGGCGGCGUGCGCGGGGCGGGCUGCUGGCGCGCCGCGCCGCCCGCCGCGCCGUGCGACGCCCCUGCCGGCGCGCCCGCGCCGCUGCGCCACAACGGGGGCACGGCGACCGGCGCGCACCUCACGCUGCUGCGCGCGCAGCUCGCUCCGCGCCAGGACUUCACGCCCGUCGCGCGACUGACGCUCAACUAUGCGGAGCUGUGGGCGCAGACGGCGCCGGGCAGCCGCUCUAACGGCGCGGAGGGCGGCGAGGCGCAGGAGGCGUGGUGCGGCGGCUGCGUGCGCCUGGGCCGCGCCGCCGUGCCCUUCAGCGUGCGCCUGCUGCCCGGCGCGCUGCGGCUGGCGCCCGACCGCCUGGACGUGGUGACGGCGGCGGAGGACGCGCUGCGGGAGCGCGAGGUGCGCGCGCGCAACGAGUUCCGCGACGCGCUGCGCGUCAACGGCCUGCGCCUGCCGCCCGACGUCGCGGAGCACUUCCACGUGGUGGACCACACCCCGCUGACGCUGCGAGCGGGCUCGUCGGCGUCGCUGUUGCAUCUGCGCCUGCGCUCGCCUCCGCCCGCCGCCUUCGCGCUCAGCUCCGAGCUCACCGUUUACACCAACCUGUCCGAGUACACCGUACCCAUCCGAAUGUACAGCGGGAAGCUUAUAUUCGAGUGGGAGUGGGCCGGCGCGGAGCCGUCGGGCGCGUCGCUGGAGCUGGGCGCGCUGGGCGCGUCGUGGACGCGGCGCGUGGGCGCGCGCGUGCGCAACCCCGCGCCCGUCGCGCUGUGCGUGCGCGCGCUGGGCGCCGCGCUGCCGGGCGCCGCCGCCGGCCUGGCGCUGCACCCGCCGCCCGCCCCGAAGUGCAUAGAAGCGGGCGGCUGGGCGCAGGUGUGGCUGACAGUGGUGGCGCCGGCGCGCGAGGGCGCGCUGCGCGGGCUGGUGUACGUCAACACGACGCUGGCGAGCACGUCGGCGGUGCUGACGCUGCGCGUGCGCUCGGGCCACGUGCGCGCGCUGCCGCUCGUGCUGCCGCCGGCCGCGCCCUACGCGGGCUCCAGCGCGGAGCUGGAAGUGGAGAGCUCCAUGUCGGUGUGGAUGCGCGUGACGUCCCUGUCCCCGCGCACCGCGGACCCCGCGCUGUCCUUCGAGUGGGAGGGCGCGGGGCUGGGCGAGAUCGGCGCCGGCUCGCAGCGAGUGGCGCGCGUGGCCUUCGCCCCCGAGCGCCGCUGCCAGCCGCACUGCUACACCGGCCUGCCGCUGCACUCCGACGAGGGUGCGGCCUGGCUUCGUCGCGGCGAGGCCUACGACGAGACGGCCCUGCGCGAAGACGUGUCACUGUUGCUCGCGCGGUUCGCGCUAUUUCAGCAGCAGGCGCCCCUCGAUUCCAACUUCACGCUCCACAUGCACACCACUGAGGUGCUGCAGAUGGUGGCGAGCGGCACGGCGGCGCUGCAGUGGCCGCGGCUGGCGGCGCGGCGCGCGGGCGAGGUGCCGCUGGCCGCCGUGCGCCGCGCCGCGCCGCUGCGCCUGGCGCUGCGCAACGUGGCGCACGUGCCGCUGCUGCUGCACGCGCUGCUGCUGCCGCGCCGCGCGCCCGCCGCGCUGCCCGCGCCCGCGGGCGGCGACUCGAACUUCUGUAUCGACGAGAAAUGCGAGUGGUCGCACGACGCGUUCCACCUGACGGGCUGGCGGGUGACGCGCGGCGCCGCCCGCCUGUGGAACGAGUCGCGCGAGGAGCGCGGCGCGGACGAGGCGGGCGCGCACGCGCUGCCGGCGCUGCUGCUGGAGCCGCAGGCUGAGAUCGAGGUCAGCGUCACGUUCGCACCGCAAGACACCGGUUCUUUCACUACGUACCUGUAUUUGAGGAAUAACUUGACAAUACUAGAGGGCGUGCACCUGUACGGUCGAGGCGAAUAUCCGAGCUUCGACAUCGCCGGCCGCCAGCCCGGCUCCUCCGCCCCGUUUCUCUUCGAGGUGUCGGAGUGCGCGUGGGGCGGCGCGGGCGCCGUGUCCCGGCGCGUGGUGGCGCGCAACGCGGGCCGCGUGGGCGUGUCGCUGUCCCGCUGGGCCGUGGCGCGCGGCGGCUGCGCGGCCCGCGGGUUCCGCGUGUCGCCGUGCGCGCCGCUGGCUCUGCCGCCCAACGCCUCGGCGCCGCUGCACCUCGCCUUCUCGCCCGACUACUCGCUGGCGCGCGUCACCGCCACUCUGCAGCUGCACACCGACCUCGGUCCCGCAGAGUACAUGCUGAUGGCGACGAUACCGGCGAAAGUCCUCGCCCGAUGCGCGGCGACCGCCCCGCGUCCCCCCUGGGAGGGCGCCCUGCGUUCGGCGGGGGCGUUGCUCGCAUUCGCUGCGUUCGCCCUGGUUCUGGCGGCCGCCGCGUUGGACGCCGAGCGCCUGCUCCGGCGCGCCCGAGCGGCUCGCUCCACCUCCGAACCUCGCGCGCCUCUCGACCUGCGCGGGCUCGCUGAGGCGCCUCCGCCCGUCGUGACUCCGGUCUCGCGGGCGCCUCAGCGUCGUCGGCGCUCCGCUCGACGACCGCUCCCACCUCUCGAUCCGCGCGCCGAGCGUCGUGCAUUUGAACGCUGGCGAGCGGAAGUCUUACGCCGAGAAGACGAAUCCUCACGAUCUAGCGAGGAUGCCGAUCUCGAGCUCGAUGACGAUCCGUCUUGUGCGACGACCGAACGCUCCCUCGCAACCCCGCUAGAAGAAAAAUUCGAAAUGGAAUCGCAAACGCCGCCGACCGAAGUUAACGGCGAACAGGACGUCGAACCAUCGCCGGCCGACGAGGACGUCGGGUCCACCGGCUCCGAUACCUCGACCCCGACGGACGAUCGGGACGAUGCUGACGAACCUUACGGCGGGGACGUAGAGCCGGAUCCCAGGGACGAUUCGCCGACGGAGGAGACGGACGCCGCACCUGCGACGAAACCCAUCGUGCGGCCCCUCGUGCGGACGCCUCCGGCGGAGGCCAUCCCGCGCGCCACGAGGGCGCGCCGCGACGCCGCGGACGCGCAGCGCAGGCUCGAGCGCACGCGACACGCCGACGCCGGCGAGCGGCGCGGCACGCCCGCCAGACACCACGCCCGCAAGGAGCGCCCGCCCAAGCGGCGCAGCGAGCGCGCGCUGCCCACGCCGCCGCCGCGCUCGCCCGCGCCGGCUGCGGGCGGCGGCGAGGCGGGCGAGGCGCGCGGCGGCGUGCGCUGGGGCGCGUCGUGGAGCUCGGUGGUGGCGGCGCGCGGCGCGGCGGGCCCGGCGCUCGCGCCCAUCGGCUCCGACGUGCGGCGCCGCGAGCCCGAGCGCGCGCCCGACAACUCGCUGUUCUACUUCAACGGCACCACCGAGAGCACGGCCCGCCCGGACGCCGAGUUCGCCUGGCGACCGCCGAUAACCGCCGAGCGACCGGCGUUUUCGACGCCGGCUCGAGAUUAUCUCGACGAGACGCAUACUAUAGGAGUGGGCGGAGUAGGUGGAGUGGGUGGAGUGGGAGGAGUGGGUGGAGUGGGAGGAGUGGGAGGAGUGGGCGGAGUGGGCAAUAACUACGGCGGCGUCGGGAUAGGGUCGGUUUGGGGUGGCGGGUGGGGCGCAUGGGGCUCAGGUCCCCUGCGACCUCCACCGGGGUUCGCUCCGCCGUCGCCACCCACGCAACGCUCCUACGACCCCUUCCGCUCGCUCGCCUCCAUUUGGGCUCCGGCGCCGCACGACUGGGGCCCCGCGACCUCCAGCGGCCCCUCGCCCCCUACACCGCCGCGCGAUCGCGACGACCACAUCUAAUCUACUCGUAACGAUUGACUCGUGCUUCCGAAGUGGACUUCCCGACGACACAGCAUUAAUUGGAAAAUUGAAAUGAAAACUUGCAAGAGACGAUACGUGACCGGCCCGGCCUGAUCGGCUC